GCUGAUCCGCGUUUCGUUCGCAGAAGUCGCCGCUUUGUUUUCUCUUAUAGCGGUCUGUUCUGUUUUCAUGUAUUAAACCCGCCCGCCUGCGGAUUGUAAACUAGGAGAGUUCAACACCGCGCUGUCCUCCACGAGAUGUCCGCUGUUGUGGUAGAGAGGGGCCGCACUCCAAUCAAAGAGGAGCCGCUGGAGCCUCAACUGGGGCGCGUGGAGGGGGAGCCCCAAAUCAAACAGGACCUCAUCGCGCGGGACAGGACUGAACUGGGCUGGAUUCACAUCAAAGAGGAGGAUGUGAAGAGAGAGGGAGGAGAGGAGGGAGAGAGAGAGGAGGCUGUGUUUGAACACACAGACCACAGGACUGAACUGGGCUGGACUCACAUCAAAGAGGAGGAUGUGAAGAGAGAGGGAGGAGUGGGAGAGGGAGAGGGAGAUGAGGAGGGAGGAGAGGGAGAGGAGGAUGUAGAGGGACAGGGACCAGGAGAGGAGAAUGUAGAGGGAGGAGAGGAGGGAGGAGAGGGAGAGGAGGAUGUAGAGGGAGGAGAGGAGGGAGGAGAGGGAGGGGAGGAUGUAGAGGGAGGAGAGGAGGGAGGAGAGGGAGGGGAGGAUGUAGAGGGACAGGGACCGGGAGAGGAGGAUGUAGAGGGAGGAGAGGAGGGAGGAGAGGGAGGGGAGGAUGUAGAGGGAGGAGAGGAGGGAGGAGAGGGAGGGGAGGAUGUAGAGGGACAGGGACCGGGAGAGCAGGUCACCGCAGCCCCCCCCAGGCCCCUCCACCGCUGCCCGGACUGUGGCAAGUCAUUCAGCCGGCGGUACACGGUGACGGUGCACCGGCGCAGCCACAGCGGGGAGCGCCCGUACCAGUGCAGCGACUGCGGGAAGAGCUUCACCCAGCGGCGCAUCCUGAACACACACCGGCUCACCCACACCGGAGACAAGCCCUACCCCUGCCCCCAGUGCGGCAAGCGCUUCCGCGGCUCGGGGGCCCUGCGCUACCACCGGCACGCCCACGCCCGGGAGCCACACCGCUGCGGGCCCUGCGGGGCCACCUUCUACCAGCUGGGGCAGCUGCGGGAGCACGAGAGGGCGAGCCACACUGGCCAGCAGAGCUGCUACCUGUGCAGCGAGUGCGGAGACAGCUUCUACAGGCUGGGGCACCUGAGCCAGCACCAGAGAAUCCACAGUGCUGAGAGAGUGCCGGCGGGGGCUGGGCUGGGGGCGGAGUUGGGGGCGUGGUCUGGGGUGGGGGUGGGGCCGGGGGCGGGGCUCAAGCCCUAUCGCUGUGCAGACUGUGGGAAGGGCUUCAAGCUGCAGGAUGAUCUGCGGAUGCACAGGCAGAUCCAUGAGUCUCGGGCGUAG